AUGGAUUGUUACUUUCGCCAAUCGUGGGUCGAUACACGUUUGGCAUUUCAAGGAAACAAAGAGCAUUUGGCAUUAAGUAUUUCCAUGCUACAAAGAAUAUGGAAACCAGAUACUUAUUUCUACAAUGGAAAGCAAAGUUACCUUCACACCAUCACGAGUCCAAAUAAAUUCGUCAGACUUUACAAAGAUGGGCGUGUUCUCUACAGUUCCAGGCUCACAAUCAAAGCUGGCUGUCCCAUGAAUUUGGAGGACUUCCCAAUGGACACCCAGAGAUGUCCUCUGAAAUUCGGCAGUUUUGGCUACACAACAAGAGAUGUACUCUACAGAUGGAAUACCGCAAGACAAGUUGCAAUUUCCAAAGACAUGAAACUUUCCCAAUUCGACCUCGUGGCAAAUCCAACUGCAAAUCAAUCCACAGAACCUUCACUAGCGCAAAAGGAGUACUCGAUGCUGCUGGUAUCAUUCCAUCUACAGAGGCAUAUGGGCAACUUUCUUAUACAAGUCUACGGGCCCUGCGUUCUUCUAGUCGUGUUGUCAUGGGUAUCUUUUUGGCUCAACAGGGAAGCCACCGCUGAUCGAGUUUCCCUUGGUAUUACGACCGUUUUGACAAUGACUUUUUUGGGACUCGAGGCGAGAACAGAUCUGCCAAAAGUGCCAUAUCCGACCGCCCUGGAUUUUUUCGUUUUCCUCUCUUUCGGUUUCAUCUUUGCGACCAUCAUUCAAUUCGCCGUGGUGCAUUAUUUCACAAAAUAUGGCUCAGGGGAAUGCUAUUUCAGUUCUGAUUUCAGCGACACCGAUAGUUCGAGUGACGAAGAAAUCAUGCGACGACCUCGUAGAAAAGAUACGACACGUCAAAGGUCAUCUGUGGAUUCAUCACAACGAAGUCGAAGUAGUCGAAACUUUACAAAGAAUGAAGAAGGUGUCAUCGAAGUGAUACCACUUUCCGCAUUGCCAGAACCGGAAAUCAAAUCUGAUAGUGGACAGUGGACAUCAUGCGUUCCUUGUAGUCCACCCCCUCGACAACAACCACCCCCAAAACCAAGACCCACCCACCGGCGACACAGAAGAGUUCCCAGAUAUAAUUCUGUUUCGAAAAUCGAUCGUGUCAGCAGAGUCGUUUUUCCUCUCUUGUUCCUCACUAUCAACGUCUUCUAUUGGUACGCCUACUUGUCCAGGAGUGAACGUAUUUCCUACACUAGUGCGUGAAAAAAAAAUUAACAGGAAAAAAGAAUUAAGGAUUAUUUUCAGGAAUUUCGCUUUUAGUCAACCAGGGAGGAG